AUGUCUUUAUUCGAAGUUCCUGGCUGGUCCGUUCCCUCUGCUCCCGUGCAGGAGUCCAAAAAGCGCAAACGACCUUCACGCGCGGCAGAGGGCGAUGAAAAGGUUCGCGGCGUUGAGGUGAACCUCGAAAAGCUCGUAAAGAAGAUGGAUUCUAUCUCCGGCGAAGCUGAUGGGCGGAAGAAGAAGAAGGCUAAGCGAGAGGAUGGUGAGGGUGCGGCAAACGCGCGGUCCAAUGGCGCGGGAGAGGGCAAGAAGACUCGCAAGGACGCUGGAAAGGCGAAGGAACAGGUCAUUUCCGAGGCACUUGCGAAACAGGGAGAGAAGAGGACUGCAAAAGCCGAGAAGACUCAGGCAACAGCUCCUUCGCAGCCGGAGAGCACGACACCAGCUGUGGCGCCGCUAUCCAAAAAGGCGAAGAAGGCCGCUCGAGCCGCUGCGAAGGCAGAGCAGCCGACACCGUCCAGAGAAGCAAAAGCGCCGACUACCAAAAAGCAGAAUGGUGGCGCAUUCAAGGAUCUCACUGCGCUGCAAUCGGGUAUGAAGAACAGCCUCGAAGGCGCGCGCUUUAGAUGGAUCAACGAAGAGUUAUACAAGUCCGACAGCACGCACGCACAUGAGAUGAUGCGCGAAGAUCCCAACGUUUUCCAUGAAUACCACAAGGGCUUCAGACAUCAGGUCGAAUCCUGGCCCUCGAACCCCGUGUCGCAUUACAUCGACGAACUCUCUUCAUAUCCUUCCAAAACGGUGAUCGCUGACCUUGGCUGUGGCGACGCUGCUCUUGCGCGUGCUUUGAUACCGAGAGGAUUCACUGUGCUGUCUUACGACCUCGUGUCGGACGGCGCGUUUGUGACUGAGGCUGAUAUCUUCGGUCGCCUACCUUUGCCUGGAACUCUACCCGAAGAUGAUGGUUCCAAACAUGAUGGAGAGGCCCAGGUUGUGGACGUCGUCGUAUGCGCGUUGAGCCUUAUGGGAACCAACUGGCCGCUUUGCGUACGCGAGGCAUGGAGAGUACUUCGGUCUAGCGGCGAACUCAAGAUCGCCGAGGUCGCCAGCAGAUUCACCGACGUCGAGGCCUUCAAGUCUUUGGUAAGCUCAUGCGGCUUCAAGCUUACCUCGACCGAUGACAGCAACAGCCACUUCACGCUUUUCGAAUUCAAGAAGGUGGCGACGAAGUGCCGAUCCGAUAAAGAGUGGGAGAAGUUGGUUGCGAAGGGUUCACUGCUAAAGCCUUGCGAAUAUAAGCGUCGCUAG